GGAAAUUCAUGUUUUAUCCAAGAAAAUUUGGCAACGUCUGAAGGUUCAUACGACGUUCUUUCUUCGCACAGCAGCAUAGGAGAGUUACUCAAUCUUUACAGCAUUGGUCAAAUAAAGAAAUUGAUUUGUUUCCAAAACAACUGUUUUGCUUGUGCGUUCUGCUGUGCUUCCAAGCCUUAACAUAGAAUUAUUAAUUCUCAAUUUGAACCAAAAAGUAAUGAAAAAGAAGUAAUUGGAAAAAUUCACUUAAUUCUCCUUGUUCUCCUGACAUUGAAUGAUUCCCCCUUUUUUUGCUAUUCUAGGAAAAUGACCGUACUACGCAACUCAUAAAAUGUUUGAAAAAACAUGAGAUUAGGAUCAGGCAACUGGAGAAUCAAUUCCUGACGAUGACAAAGAUGCUGAAAGAUGUGGCGCACAACCAGCAUGAAUUAAGCUUACAGAUGAUUGCGCUCGCUGAUGAGAUGGUAAAAACUGUCGAGGGGCCACCACCUGCCGAGGAGAUGCAGAGGUAGAGCGACACAUCAUUCCAGUGGAAUAUUGCAGACCAGCUGGUUUGGAUAUAAGAACAUUGAUGCACUGAAGUAUAGGCGUGUUGUAGACAUUGCACAUCUGGUGACCGAGAGCAGGACGUUGGAGGGCCAUGAAUGUGAGGAGAAUCGAAAUUGCCACUUCUCGCUUCAGAGAGAGAUAAUACGUGGCUUCAAAAGCAUUCUAAUUUUCGCUUGUGAAUAUUGCGAUGAGGAGUGAAGCAUUGAGACCAUCACAUGCGAUUCGAGGGAAGUGAAUACAGCAGCAGUUAUUGCUACAAUGGCCAAUGGCGGAGGCCACGACCAUAUGGACGAAUGGAUUAUGUGGACGGAGGUUGGUUUGAUCGCAGCUAUGGUCGCCGGUACACAGCGAAAUCCGGCUGCGCCGUGAUCAUCGGAAAGGAGACUGGUAAGCUGCUCUAUCUUGGCGUGCGUAACAGGCACUGCUACAUCUGCAAGGUUGCAGAGCGACAAGGCGGGGCAUGGCCGCCCCACACUUGCUACCAAAACUGGACAGGUUAAUUCCUGCAAUGGAGGCGUCCAUCAUUGUGGAGGGGUUCCUCCACAAGGAAGUAUGGAGGUUCCUCCACAAGGAAGUAUGGAGGUUCCUCCAGAAGGAGUAUGGUCUCCGCUAUAAAAAAUCAUUGGCGAUGGUGAUCCCAGGAUGUUUAGCCACAUCGCGGAGAAAGUGCCUUGUGGGCGUGAAGUUAUAAAAGUUGAAUGCGUUAAUCAUUUGUUGAAAAACCAGACAAAGCAGCUUUACGAACUUGAAAGCGGAGAAAGCGCUCGCAUCAUAUUCCCAUGAUUCAACUUGGUCAAUGACCGCUUCCAUCACCGCCUCCUGCGUUUGUGUCGAGGCGCGGAGACUUAAAGUUUUUCUUUACACUUGCAGAAACCGCGAUGCUAUUCUUGCGGCAUUCGAAUUUCGGGAUGAAUUAAUCCAAGUCUCCCAGACUGUUCGGUCGCUCCCGGGCGCCCAGCUCGUGCUGGCAUCUGCAUCAUUCUCAUGGUCGGACAUCGGUUUCGUACAAAGGUGCUACGGUAUCCGUAUGGAUAGGAUAAUCUCGGAUUUGUAUAUCCGAGAGAAUGUAACCUACAGAGUGGAAGCUAUUGCAUUCAGAGCGCCGUAAACUCCGGCAUCUACCCGAUCCUCCACCGCCCUCGCACUUAACGUUCGAACAUGAUCGUUGCUACCGGCGGAGAGUCCCGAAGACAACUUGGUCGACGACACUCUGGUAGACACACUAGAAACAAGCGAUCUGGACUUCGUUCCAAAGGGCAUUGCCCUCAAGUUUACGAAAUACAGAGACGCGAUGAUUGGGCAAAACGAACGAGUCAUUGAGGAAAACCCUGACACUUCGGAAACAGAAAAAACAGUCAUUGUGGAAAACCCCGACACUCCGGAAACAGAUGAAAAAAAAGCACUUCGUGGCUGGUUACUUUGGUCUAUUGAUACUAUCAAGCAACAACUUGGUCAAUUACGAUCAAAAAUAGAGAAGUAUGAUACGGUAGAGGACCUAACUGACAAACUUAAUAAAAAGAAGGAAAUUUUGAAUGCUUAUAUCGAGAAACUUGAAAAGUUUUUGGAUGAUGCAUCAUUUGAUGUAAACAAGGUCAGAAGUCUAAAGGAAGAUGUAGACUACUAUAUAGAGUCCUGUGAAAAACUUGACAUGGAAGAUCAAUUUACCUACGAACGGAUUUUUGUUGCGGAUGGAUUGACUUGGACUGAAUUGGAGGAAAACAUAAAUUCAAAGAGCAAUGAGGAGGAAGCUGAACAGUGUCCAGAUAUAGCUAAAAAUAAAAAGGGAAAAAUCAAGCAGCAACGCCAAGUGACCAUGCCUCAAGUUUCUAUUAGUCACAGUUCGGACCAUAAUUCUGCAAGAAAAAGAAUAUAUGACAAAUAUCACUACUGCUAUUACUGCUUUCAGCCUAUUUCGAUUAAAAUGAGUAGGCAUCUCAGCAGUAAACACUCCAAAGAAACUGAAGUUAUAAAAAUAUUUUCAGAGCCAGUCAAAUCAAAGGGACGUCGAGAUAAAUUAACCGAAUUAACCCGGUUGGGGGAUUUUUAUCAUAAUGUGGAAGUCCUCAACACGGGAGUGGGAGAACUGGUCGUUCUAAAACGACCAAAUGAAUCGAACGCAGAGACAAUACCGGAAGAUUUCGGCCCAUGCCCAGAAUGCUUGGGUUAUUGUCGUCUGGACAGGCUUUUUGACCACGUGAAAAAUUGUCCUCUACGGAAAAUCAAGUAUAAGCCUGCAGAAAAUGAAGAGGAAGAAGAAAAACGCAGCAGACAGGUACUGAAAGAAUCACGAUCAAUCAUCAUUGGGCUGAAAGGAUCUACAAAUCCCAUUUUCAAUACUGGAAUUCAGGAGCAUCUUUCCAGCGAUACCAUUGGAAAUGUAGCAAGGACUGAUCCUUUAAUUCGACAGUUUGGACUGUACAAGUAUGAAAGGCACAUGGACCUAUCCAAGGCAGAGUGUAUACGACAAGAAAUGCGGCAACUUGGUCGUCUCCUAAUCCAGCUGAAUAAAGGCAGACCAAAAUUUGAACCACUUUCUACGUUUGUAGUUGGCGAAAACUUUGAUAAUGUUGUAAAUGCAGUACUCCAAGUCUGCCAGUUUGAGGCGAGUAGCUAUAAUGAAAUGUUAAAAAAAAAAAACCAAAGCAUUCCUAGCUUUGUACAAUGCUGAAUGGUGCGACAAAAU